CGUGCUCGCAGUCAUUCCACGGACACCACCACUGAUACACAUCCGUAGAGCACAGCACCAGCAGCAGCAGAGCCAUGGGUACGUUCCGACAACGGAUGGUCGCGAUCGCAACGGUCCUCGCCGUAUUCGCCGCUGCGCCGAGUGUUUCGAGAUCGGUGAACAUCAGCAGUUCUUGGUUAUUGCCGCAAAACGAGUUUCCGGUUUUCUAUCGACAUUUCAGAGACAGAGUGACAUGGUUCGAAGCGGACGCUGUAUGCCAAUUUCACCACGCUCAACUGGCCACAGUUGAAUCUAACAGUCAGUUUGAGGCAAUACGUAGUUAUCUGAAGGAAUUAGACGUGAUCGAGAAUGUUUGGAUUGGUUUGAAGCGGAACAGUGAGGCUAGUGAAUUCACAUGGACUAAUUACCAGCCACUUGCAAGGAGCGGAUACUUUAGAGAAGAAGUUCCACGUUCAUCGGACCCAGUUUGCGUUGUCACUGACCCUACGGCCAACUUCAAAUGGCACAGCUUACACUGUGGAGGCCCCGAAGUAGCAUCAUUCGUUUGCGAACUUCCAGUUCCAUAUUGGGCGUCCAAGAAUAACGGUUGCAUGACAAGUAUGAUGGAAGGUAUGACAGUAACUUUCUUGCCGGAACGUCCUGCUAUUCAACUCACUAAGGAAUGCAGUCCAGGUGUCUCCAAAAAUGUUACUUGCAAAGGAAACAUGAAACAAUCUGAAAUAAUCGAAAAAUUGAGCUGUCCAAAUUCUAAUAAGCCACUGAAGACGUUAUUUAAACCGGUCAAACCUGAAAUAGUUGAUAUUAAGCUAAAAACAACAACCUCAAGCUCAGAAUCUGAUGUUGAAGACUACGCCAUCGAAAUGGCCACGAUUGCUCAGUACAACGACGAAACGUUCCAGUCGAUAUCUAAAGUGAUGGGUCGCGGUAGUGGUGGCAUCAUCAACUUGCCACAAGAGAUGUCGAUCGCCCAAGAACCGAUAAAAUCUUCGGGCCGAGGAAGUUUCGACACCAACGGCAUUGAUUCGGCAUUUAUCGGUGGCCAGGUCGAGGCCACCAGCACCGGCGUUAGUAGCAUCAGCGCCAGUACCAGCACUAGCACUAGCACCGCCAGCUCCGUAUCCAGCACGAGCACCGUAACCAGCGCUAGCACUACCAGCACUACUAGCCCCACACCGAAAAGCGAACCAAAAACCUCAUCGACGAUGACCAUGAAGCAAACGACGACACCGACACCUAUUGCAACCGCUACCGAGACCAUGACUCAUACCGGUUCGGUCACCUAUAGUACAGCGUCCGGCACCACGACCCAUGCGACCACAGUAAAUAAAGCGACCACCUCGGCCACAAAAACCGGCACAACCGGUCGCACUGUGACAACCGUUGGCGGCCAGCCGACUGGAACCCCGACCACUACCAGUAACAGUCAUCAUAAUCGCCAACGUGGAAACUCGGCCUACACGACCACCGCUAACACCAACGCCAACGCCCCAAUCUACGCUACCACCACCACCCUGCCCAGGAGCCGGCCGACCGUACAGAUUACGACCACCGAGAAGAUACACACCGUGGCCAAAAUGCUGACCGCCGAGACCGGUGACGUCCGCCGGGCCAACGGUCACCGUCCAACCACAGCCACGCUGGCAGCCAUCGCGACGGUCGUGGCUAAAAUACCAUACACUGUGGCCUCCACCUCGGCCACCAGCACUACCAGCCGUCCACUGAACGCACUGCGGUCAUACGCCAAUUUCGGUGACGGAGACGUGGCCACCACGAAGGACGCCCCGACCACCGAGCCACCGAUUCACGUGUACAAGAAAAUCGAUUUCCCCGGAUUGCCGAUCAAUGACAACGGAGAUUACGUGCGCAAGCCUACUGCCACUCAGUUUUCCAGCACCCCGGCCACCACAUUUUCCAGUCCCGUCACCAGGAACAGUAACAGUGGGGCGACUACGCGUUAUUCGACACCGCUGACCAUAGCCGCUUCUACCACCAUCAGCGCUUCUGCCAAACCUGCCGAUGCCCUCAACAACACAUACCCUGCCGCCGCCGAAACAGCUACCACUAACAUGGUAUCCGACACAUCGUCACCCGUGGCCUCCGUUACCGUCGACGAAUCAGAUGACGACACCAACAACUGGAACCUCAUCCCGUCGUCCCCUUCGUCCCUACCCUCCAAAACUGCCAACGACGCUGUCACUGCCACCACGACCAGUGCCUCCGUAACUACCGCGUUCGAUGUCACGUCCACCGCCACUGAUGUAGCCACCGCCACCGUCACCGCCGCAACCACUACAACCGCCAGGACAACCUCCACCAUCACUCCCACUGAGAGCACCUCCACCGUCGCAGCCACUACAACCGCCGCUCCCGCUAACCACCGGAAAAUCGCCAACUACGACGCGUACACCGAUCACCCCAAUCGCAGUCGUCACAUAGUCCGCCCCAAACAGCAGCAUCACCACUCCUACCCUUACAUCUUGUACAGACUUUUGGGAUGAACGGUGUCCUAUCUCUUAUCCCCCCCUCCAUGCACUUACGAUAAGUAAUGACCGUGAUAUAUCACCAAAAACAUUUUAUUACCUGCUCACCUCAUAUCUGUUGUCGUCCUCACCCCUAAGGAUCGCCCUGAACACAAAAUACAUUCAUUACAAUAUAUUUGGGUACAUAAAAUAUUUCACUGUUCUAAGUUAUUUCCUUCUGCAGUAUGUCCCACCACAGUAACAAAUAACAAUCUACAGGUGCAAACAUUUUCUCAUAAAGUGCUCAAUUCGCCAUUUUGCAACACAAAUUCUUUUACGUUCAAGUCAUUUUCAACCACAAGUAUUUCAGAUUUCAGAAACCUUUGGCCAAAGAUUGGCACGUCUACUUCUCACAGAAACACGAUGCAUGAUAAUAAUUAACAAACUGGUUGGUUUUCACACUACAUAACAUCCAAAAUAAAUUUAGGUCUAGGUAUAUACAAUUUACUCCAAUUUGAUUUCAUUCGAAACCAUAAUUUCAUAAUCCUUACUCACCCCAUCUCAGUUCUCGACCAAUAACUAAAAUAAUUAAAAUUAAAAUGUCACUAUAGAUACAAAUCCUAAAAGAAGCACAGGCAAAAAAUUGAUGUUCUAGCCAGGCAAAGAGUUAUGUUUUUGGAAUACAAUGAUCUAAUUCAAAUUCAAAUAUAUUCCGUUAAUUCUGAUUUUGAAACUAAAAAUUAAAACAAAAUAACUGCACCUUCUUACAGAUAUAAUAAUGAUAUUCAAUGGGAACACCUUCUCAUUUAAAAUGUUUUUUAUUGCCUUUAAUCAGCUUGCUUUAUUCAAAACGCACUUAUUUGAUUAUACAUUAUCAACGAUAUUUUAGAUUUGUCAAUAGUUAUGAAUUUUAAUUUAUAAUUAAUUAGUUUAUACCACUUUUUCAAUUUUUACCACAUAUAUAUUUUUUUUUUAUAAUAUAAAUAUCAAAAAUUUGAAUAAACUAUUUAUUUAAUUGCCUAAUCAAAAUUAAUGUAAUUAAUAGUAACAAUAAUUAUGUGCAUAAAUUAAAUAAUUAAUAAACAUAAUAGUAUACAAUGGUAUUAUAUACAUAAUAAAAAUAAUUACAGACAUUUGAAUAGAUUAGGCCCAUUUCUAUCCAACUAUUUUUAUAAUCAUCAUAUAAUAUAGGUAAAUAUAUGUAAGUUAACUCAUUCUGAGCAGGUACCAUUUGGUAUUUUUAAAUUUUAAACACAGACGAAUUCAUUAAUAUUAAAGACACAACGAUUUUGUAUGGCUCGAGACAUUUUUUCAAACCUAGCUUAUCCAAAUUCCGGUAAUCGAGUGUAUUUAUAGGCAUGUAGUAGGUAUUUGAAAUUAUUUCCAUAAAAAUGUAUCAAGCUAAAACUGUCAAAAAUAUAUUAUUAAAUAUCAUGUUCAUUAUGACAUCAAAUAUUAAAACAUUACGUACCUAUAUAACCUAUAUUAUCUUAUUACACAUAUUUACAAAUUGUUCACUUCGUGCGGUGAAACUAUUAAAGAUACAACACUGUAAGUUUAUUAUUAUUUAAUCGCCAAAAAUAGUAUUAUAUAAUAUACAAAAACACAUUAAUUGGUAAAUAGGUAGUAGCUUAGGUUCCAAAAAAAAGAAAUAUUUUCCACUAUUAAAGUAGUUUUUACUGUGAAAACAUUUUCUAGCAUUUGAUAUAUUUAUCUCGUUUGGCUAAAUUCAUAUAACAAUUACAGUUUUAUAUAUAACUUUCUAUAAACAUAUACGUAUAUAUUUUUUCUCUUACAUAGAAAACAUAAUCUUUAGAUAUCUAAUAAUUUUGAACGAAAUGUAAAAUUGUUAAAUAUAUAAUUAAAAUGUGGUCAGCGGAUUCUACACAGAGUACCGGAAAAUGUUUGCUUUUAUUAACUCAACAAUAUCAUAUUAUUGUAGGUAACAGGAAGUCGAUUCGUCGUAAUAUAGCUUUAAGACGAUUUGAUUAUUAAUUAUUAUAAACAAUAUUGUAGUUUGUUAUUAAAAUAUACCUAUUUAGUAGUUAGUCAUUGAAGGUAUUGUGUUUGUCAAUUUGUAGUCAUAUGUAGUAUUUUGAAAUAUAAUAAUCUUUGCUGUCUAAA